UCAUCUUCUUGCGCUUCCUAAUGCGCAUGGCCCUCCUGAGCGGAGCCAGAGCUCCCCCCAUGAGUGACGACCUCUGCCGGAGCAUGAAGCCUUUGGAGGAGGAGCCGCCCAUCACCGUGUGACCUACUGGAAACAUGAUCCUCCUCCUCCAUCGUCCAUCCCUUCUCAGCCCUCCAUCCUCCCUCCUCCUCCUCCUCUUCUUCCUACCGGUGCUCCGUCCCCCUCAGUGCGGCCAUGGUGGACUCCGGACCCGGCGAGCCCACGACGACGACCACGUCGACGACGAGGAAGUCCUUCUCGGUACCGGAGAUCCCCCCUCUGGACCGGUGCGACUUCAACCGGGCCAAGAUCCGCGCCAGCGUGCGUUGGCUGCUGUGCAAGUCUUACGGCUGUGCAGAAAACGUGCCAGUGGAGUUGCGGGAGCCACUCUACAAGGACCAGUAUGACCAAGAGCACCUCAAGCCGGCCCUCUCCAAGCUGCUCCUCUCCCCGGAGAUAUACUGCCGAGCUCAGGCCUUGCUGCUCCAGGCCCGCGGGGCCCCCGCCUCAGCUUUGCAGGACGCCCCCUCUGACAACUGCGCCCUGCUCCAGUUCCUCACCAAGAAAGGUGUGGCCCCGCAGGUCCGGGAUGUGGGCGUCAGAGAGGACGACCUCAGCUGCACCCCCAUCAAGAUGAAAGCCCACCUGGCCUUGAUGGACUCGCUGAUGUCGCUGGCCGCCAGGGAGAUCGUGGACCGGGUGAAAAUGGCGGCCGAGGCUGAGCAGAUGGGCGUCGGGUCUCCGUGGGAGAACGCGCUGCUCUUCUGGGUCAACAGGUUGAACCAGAAGCUGAGAGAGAGCACCGAGGAAGACGAGAUGCCCAAGCAGUCGCAGCCCAGCGCUGACCCCCAGCCCUCACAGGAAACGGGCCCGCCCACCCGCUGGUACUGGAAGCUGGUCCCCCAUGCUAUCGCUUUUUGUUUGAAGGAGUCGGGGAACAAACCUCCAGUGAUCCGCUACAGGAAGGACAAAGUGCAGUCCAAGCUGACUCCCACCUUCCCUCUGGUCACCGCGGUCAAAGAUCUGUCUAAUGGCUGCGCUAUAGCUGCUGUGCUGCACUUUUACUGCCCCGGCUUGAUACCCCUAGAGGAUGUAUGUCUGAAGGACACCAUGUCAGUGGCCGACAGUCUUUACAACCUGCAGCUGAUUAAAGAGUUUUGUGAGAGCAGUUUGCAGAGCUGCUGCCUUCUUCCCCUGGAGGACCUUCUCUAUGCGCCGCCUCUUCUGCAUCUGAACAUCAUGAGCUUCGUCGCUGAGCUGCUGGAGUGGUUCGAGAUUAAGAAGCCUGAUUUUGUGCAACCCAUACAAACCAUUGACCUCACAGAUGUCUCAGGAUUAGUGUUCUGUACCAGUCCUGUCAGCGGGAACAGCAACAGUGGGUCUCCUUUGUUCGUCUUCAAACAACCUUUUGUGACCGUCCCCUCCCUAGUAUCACCGGAAAACAAAAGCUGGACAAAGAAACAAAUCAGUCGUCCUCUGUCCGCAGUGACUUUCAGCAUCCCAUUUGGGCUGGACAGUGAUGUUGAUAUUGUCAUGGGCAACCCAAUAGAUUCUGUCUUUCGCUCUGUCAGCACGGACAGCCUGGGUGCCGGCAUCCCCGCGACGACCUCGCUGGCGGGGAUGACUCGCGUACCGUACAGCCCUCCCGAGGAUCUCAGCCACCUGGUCAGCGCCUCGGCACCAUCGCAGCGGACUUCUUGGGGGCCUUACAUGCACCCGGCCCCUCUGGGAGAGCUACCCACCGUUGAGGAGGCGCUACAUGUGGCUCCUGGUGGUAAGGAUCGAAAGAAGGAAAGGACUGAAGAGAAAGGUGGGAAGGUAGUUUUGGCAUCGAGACCAGAACCCAGGUUAUGUCCCGAGGGCGCCCCUGCUGGUUUCUUCCUGCACUCCCCAUUGGAGGACAAUCCUCAGCUCAGUAGCUCUGCCCCUUGCCGCUCGGGAGUCAUUUACCGACCGGUGGGUGGAGAGGCAAGUAGCAAAGGCGGUAGAGGUGAGAGGAAAGAGAGGCCAUCGCGGGCAACCGAUAUGUCACGUGACGAUGACUCUGUCUUGCGAGACGGCAGCGUUGACUCAUCUGAAGCGUCUGACGACACCCCAAGAAAUGCCCCUGGUAAUAUGCGACCCAGUAAAAGUAAUCAGGGACACCACAGCGGCAACAACAGCCCACGCAUGACAAGCUUUGCAGAGCGACGGGAUAACAGAAGAAGACAUCCCGUAGCUUCUGGAGAAGACUUCGCUACUACCCCGACACCAACGACCCCGGGAACGCCACACACUCCCUGCACACCGGCAGGAACUCCGAGCCGAGUGGACAGCCCUGGCCUCAAAGCUCCCGAGCCGGGUUCAGAAGCCUGGGAGCUGGGAGCUCGUCUGGAGGAAAAACGCAAAAGCAUCGAAGCCCAAAAGAGACGAAUUGAGGCCAUCUUCGUCAAGCACAGACAGAGGCUCGGAAAAACAGCUUUCCUUAAAAUGAAACAAGAACAAGGAGAGGGUGGGGGAGAGGGAACAGACGAGGAUAACCUCUCUCUGGAGGAGCGUCUCACUAACAUGGAGGAGCAACUGAAAAAGGAAGAAGACAAGGAAAAGACAGAAAAGGAGACAGACAAGGAGAAAGCCAAGACAUCUGUCUCUAAUCCAACCCGGCUGGAGAAGCAGGUCACAUUUUCUAUUGACAGUAAGAAAGGACAAGAGAAUGAAAAAGUUUUGGACAAAGAGAGAGGAGAAGAUGGCAUCCUUGUGGAGUAUAAUGAAAUCGUCCAGAAACUGAGUGAAGCUUUGCAGUCGCUGCAGAAGGACAUGCAGAAACUAACUGAACAGCAGCAGCAGCUUCUGGGCAACCAAAGACCUAGAAGCUCACAAAAAGUCACCCCAAAGUCAAAACCUAAAAGUAACACUAAGACACCGGCGAAAACCCCUCCUCCCACACCCACAAAGACGCCUCCAAGAACUCCGACUAAGAAUCCUGGCAUGAGCACCAGCAAAGUUUGGAUGAUUCCCACAGGUCCCAAAACCUCCUCUGUGUCUUCGCCAUCCCGACGGACCCACGCUCUCCAUGCAGCGACUUCGCCAAAAACAAUUGUCUCAUCCUCUUGUCCUGCCCCCCGCACCAAGAUCAACAUCUCGUCUGCCCCCCGCAGUCCCAAACACCAACUGCGAACGCAACCUCAUCCACGACCCUCGGAGCUGAAGUUCCCCCCUGUCAAUCGUGUUUUGAACCCAACUCACACUGUGGAUACACUCCCCCAUUUGCGCAGAGUGUCGCCCAGCAAGUGUCAAGUGCAGACAAAAUCGUCUUUCCGCAUCGGCGGGCUUCAAACUCCUCAGGAGUUUUCUCAGCCUGCACCGCAACCUGAUGAUAGCACCUCAGACACAGCGUCCAGCGAGACACCAACCCAGUUCAGCCUGGAGCUCGAGCAGGACAAUGCCGAGGCAGCCAUAGUGCCCUUACCGCCUCACCCGAGGGCCACCAGUGGCAGCAGCUCCGGAGCUCCCUCUGAAUGCUCUUUUGAGAGCGAGACUUUAUCAAUUUCUGCCGCAUGCAGCACAGGACAGGACCGAGACAGAGCUGGACUUGCGGAGAAACAUUGCAGUAUGAUUGAGGUGUCACUCUCCUCCCUUGGAGGACCGGAGGGAGGCGGUGAUGAACCAACGGAUGAGGGGCAGGACUUUUCUUCCGACUCCAUGAGUGAUCAACUCGAAUCUGCGGGAGAGCCUGGCAUUGUAAUCGCUUCUGAUACCGCAGAGCAGUUGGAUUCAGCCACAGAAGCUGGGAACCCUUCAGACCCACAAACAGAGUCCAGUGAAGGCCAGGCAAAGGCUGAUGCUCUAGAACCACCUGGAGAAAACAAUGAGCUUGGAGCCAGAGGGGGGAUAGGAUUCUUCUUCAAGGGGAAUGUAGACAACAAAGAGGAGAUGGCUCAGCGGAAAGCUCUCCUUUUGGAGAGGCAGCAGAAGAGAGCUGAGGAGCUGAAAAGGAGGCGACAAGAGCAAGAACGUGACAAAAGAGCGGAAUCUUCUGAGAAGACUGCUUCUUCUCCCUCGAGCACACCCCAUGCUGGAAACGCCUCCCCCUCUGCCACUCCUCCGGCCACUCCAGCCCGACGUGGAGAUUUCACACGAGCCGAGUACGCCCGCCGGCAGCAGCUCCGGAUUAUGGACGACCUGGACAAGGUGCUGCAGCAGAAAUCGACCAACCAGGGGCGAUCGCCUGUAAGGAAGACGCGCGCACGACCUCGCAGCGUCACCAGGGAGGAAAGCCAGCUAUCUCUGAGCCCCGCCAAGAAAGCCACUACCCCUAAGAUGACCAAGUCUCACUCGUCACUCAACCUGGCAGCUACAGAUGUGUCCGGAAACAAUGACAGGGAUAAGAAAGUCCAAAGCCGACCCGAUUCGCCAGGUGGAUGCGUGACGCCGAGCAGGCUUGCGAAGCAGAACGGAGACUGGGAAACUGGUUCAAAUGGAACUUCGCCUGCCCCAGAAUACACAGGGCCCAAGCUCUUCAAAGAACCGAGCUUCAAGUCCAAUAAGUUCAUUAUCCACAACGCUCUGUCUCGUUGCUGCUUGGCCGGGAAGGUCAACGAGUCCCAAAAGAAGAAGAUUGUUGAGGAGAUGGAGAAGAGCCCCGCCAACCACUUCCUCAUCCUCUUCCGGGACGCCAGCUGCCAGUUCCGCGGUGUCUACACGGCCAACCCGGAUUCGGCCAAACUCGUGCGCUUGACCGGCGUGGGCCCCAAGACGAUAAGCUCGGCCCAGGUGGAAUCCAUGUACAAGUACAGCUCGGACCGGAAGCAGUUCAGCGCCAUCCCCUCGAAGACCCUUGGCAUGAGCGUGGACGCCUUUACCAUCCCCGGGCACCUGUGGUAUGGCGGUGGGGCGGCAGCUGCGGGAGGAGGAGGCGGAGGAGGAGGGAGCAGGAGGGCGAGCGUCACGAAGAAGGCACUGGCUUCCAAGUGACCCAUGCCUCAUUUGCAUAUUGUCGACAAACUUUGUAGGAUUAGGCCCUGAGGGUCUUUGCAAUGCAAUUCUCAACCCGUUGCGUCUGUCAAACGCUCAUAGUUUUUCUCACUGUCAGUGUAAGAAGCCUGUGGCUUUAACAGGAUAUCCAACACAAGAUGGUCCGAUUUGGCCUAUAUUCAUCCAUCCAUCCAUUUUUUUCCCUCAGGGUCACAGGUGAGCUGGAGCGUUGGGUGUGACACCCCUGCCAACUACUAGAACUAUUACUCAUAGUUUGCUUUUAUAUAGAGCUUUUCUUCCUACGCAAAGAUGCAAAUAAACUUUUUCACAAAAUACAGUGGUGCCUUGAGAUACGAGUGACUCAGCUUGGGAGUUUUUCAAGAUAUGAGCUAUUGUUCUGACGAUUUUUUUGUUUUGACUUGCGAGCGUAAACUUGAGUUGAGUAUGGUGCCAGUGAACUCAACUCAACUUUAUUCAAGAUAAGCUGAAGUUUGGCAAAAUAGUGAACAAAAAAACAAGAAUUACACUGUGUGUUUAAAACGAGCAAACUUAAUUUCCAUAAGAGCAGGCCCCGCUAGCGUAACGCUAACAUAAAUGGGAAAUGCCAUUGGCAUGCUAAUGUUUGACAUCGAUAGUUGCGGUUUUACAACCCUUUCAGCAAUGGAUAUUGGAUCACAAACGCAUGUAGAAACAUAAUAUAACGACACUCACGGGCAUACAUUCUUUAUCCUCUACGAAAAAUAACUAAUAUUACCUCAGCUUACUGUGACUGUACUGCCUCCCGGUGGCCAAGGCGGGCACACCAGAAGGAGCAGCAUAAUGAAUUGGAUUGCGGCGUUAAAUCAUGAUGAAACUGUUUAAUGGUUUACAUUCUAUUUAAUUAUGUUAUUACUCUGUUUUUACAAAGUACAAUAUUAUAUAUUAUUAACAGGCUAUUUUUACUUGUUUAAAAUGAGCAGUUUUUUUUUUUUUGGGGUGGGGGAGCUGGAAUCGACGAACAUUGUCAUCUCAAAGCACCACUGUAGUAACUGAAGGGAAUUGUUCUGCAUAACUCCCAAAUAGGUUUUCCUCCACUUUCUGCUCUGUGUCAAGUUCCGUUUUGUGAACGUAUUACAUUCACGAUUCACAAGUAUCUGCGUAAAAAUUGUCUGCUUAUUCUGUUUCAUGCAGGGUUGGAUCAGAUUGUAGUGGAUUCUAAUGGGAUGCAAUCCAACAGGCCACCCAAAAUCCUUAAAAAUCCCAAACUAUUUGGAAUUUCACCUUUAACAGAAAACUGUGACAUAGCACUUUUUUCAAAAUAACAAUUUCAAAUUGAUUAAUGGAUGGUUACAAGAAUGUCGUGACCAUAAUGAGGACCAAAAAAAAAAGUGUUCAAAUGGAUGGAUGGAAGUGAAACGUCCAGUAGAGACAUGCUCCUUCUGGAUGGCAUGUUUUUUUGUUUGUUUGUUUGUUUGUUUUGUUUUUUUACACACUGCAAUCAAGAGCCCUAUUGAUUUUAAAUGAUAGCCUGAAGAUGCUGUUGACGUUCCUUGUCAGUGCUUUGCGAGGGCCACGUCUUUUUUUUUAAAACUGAUAUUCCAACUCAUGGAGAAAGAACUGUACUGAUUAUAAAGGAUGACUGAGAAGGUCCGAGGACAAACUAGCAUGGACAAGACAAGAUCUUCCAUCUUUCAGGGACGUCAGAGCAAAUACACGACUGAUUUUGAAGGCUCCAGUAUGUGAGAUGCUUGAGAAAGCUGACAUUAAAAGUAAGACUAUUCUA